AUGUCAGGUUCACAGCACAUCGUAGGCCUUUCCCUCUUCGCCCCCCUCGUCCUCACUGUCGCAACUGCACCGGCAAACAGAGUCCGCCUCCUCCUCCAGACCCAAGACGAAAUCGUCCUCAACCUCCGGGAAGAGUCUCUCGCCCACCACCAUCAUCACACUCCUUCUUCUUCAAAUAUCAAGCCUUACAACCUCACCAACAACGACAACAACAAGACUACCACUGAGGAGCAAGACGAUGAUGAUGAGGAACCCCGGUCGAUUAUCGCACCAUACGCACAGUUACCGUACACAGACAUGCAAGACUGCUACCACCGUCUACUCGAGAAAGAAGGCCGCGCGGCUCUCUGGAGGGGUUACUCUGUCGAAGUGGGACGGAUCUUUCUUCAAAAGUCGAUUGAGACGAGACUGAGCCGGAGAGGAACGUUUGCCCUGCGGAAGUGGAUGUCUCUUACCCCACCCAACGCACAAGGAGGAGGGAUGGGAGCAGGAUGGAUGUUGGCGACGGCGGUGGAGGGUACGUUGGUAGGAGCGGCAGCGAUGGCGGUGGUGUAUCCGUUGGCGGUAUUGCAUGCCAAGAUGGCAACGGAUGUUAGGAGGAGGACCCGGAGUGUUCACAAGGUAUUUGCCAAGCCUGCUCCUGUUCCCACCGCAACUCUUGUUACUGUAAAGGAAGAGAAGGAGAAGGAAGGAAAACCAGUGGAUGUUGAGUCUUCGACAGAGUCGGUCUCACGGGACUCGGUUGAGUGGGUCGAUCACACUGCCGAAUGGGCCAACCAUCAGGAUCAGGACCAGGACCAGAUGGACCUCACAGUCAAGACACCCAUCAUCGAAGGACCUCUCAGUGUCGCUGAGUCAACACCCCAAACAACUACAGAGGCAUCAAUAACAACCGAGGAGAAGGACGAUGACGACCAAGAACUCUCCUACACAACGGUGACCUACGACCUCUCCCACAAAUAUAAAACCUACCGCCAAAUCUACCAUGAAAUUAUCGCCUCCUCCGAAGGCUACCUCGGCCUCUACAAGGGUUUCUCGACCUUCAUCGCCUCAGCGUUCAUCUCCCGCCUCGGAAUGAUGACCAUCUACGCCUUCAAGUCCUUCCGUGCUGGUCCCUCGGGCACCGUCAGCAUCAGCCCACUCCAAGUGUUCCUCGCACAGACGGCGUUGUCGGUGGUGACGUACCCAUUGACGACGGUCGGGAACCGGAGGAUGAUUGCUGCACCAGGACGGUAUACUAGUUCAUGGGAGGCGGCGAAGGAGAUUGUGGAGAAGCAAGGGUGGCAGGCGUUGUUUAGAGGUGUUGAGGUUGUGGUCCUGCGCAGUGUUGUCUUGGCAGCUCUAACCCAAUUGCUCUUGUAA